CCUCCCGCGCUCCCCGGUGGGUGUUCCUUUCCAGACGACGCUGGAAGAAUUGGUGGCGGCGGCCCAUGGGACCCGUGGCGCUGCCCGCCUGGCUGCAGCCCAGGUAUAGGAAGAAUGCCUAUCUUUUCAUGUACUACUUAAUCCAGUUCUGCGGCCACUCCUGGAUAUUUACAAAUAUGACAGUCAGAUUCUUUUCAUUUGGAAAAGAUUCAAUGGUUGACACUUUUUAUGCAAUUGGACUUGUGAUGCAACUUUGCCAGUCUGUUUCCCUCUUGGAGUUGCUGCACAUAUAUGCUGGCAUUGAAUCAAACCAUCUUCUUCCUAGGUUUUUGCAGCUCACAGAAAGAGUAAUUGUCCUCUUUAUGGUGAUCACCAGUCAAGAAGAAGUCCAAGAGAAAUACGUGGUGUGUGUUUUAUUCAUCUUUUGGAAUCUGUUGGAUAUGGUUAGGUACACUUACAGCAUGUUGUCAGUCAUUGGAAUAUCCUAUGCUGUCUUGACAUGGUUCAGUCAAACACUGUGGAUGCCAAUUUAUCCUUUGUGUGUUCUCGCUGAAGCAUUUACCAUCUAUCAGUCGCUGCCUUAUUUCGAAUCAUUUGGCACUUACUCCACAAAGAUACCCUUUGACUUAUCCAUCUAUUUCCCAUAUGUGCUGAAAAUAUAUCUCAUGAUGCUCUUUGUAGGUAUGUAUUUCACCUACAAUCAUCUAUACUCAGAAAGACGAGACAUCCUCAGAGUGUUUCCCAAUAAGAAGAAAAUGUGAAGCAUAGCACUGGGAUGUGACAUGAGAAAGAAGAGGCUUGUGGAGUCAGCUGCAGGAAACACAACAGGGGAGGCAUUCUGGUGAACAGAUAUCUAGUAUUUGACAAAAAUCCAUAACAUGGAAUAAUUGCACUCCUCCCCAGAACUCUUGACAUACACGGCAGUCUGUUUUUCUCACAUUGUUUUUAGCCCAUAUACUCUUCACAACCUGUUUCACCAAAGCUGUGAAUUUUACACACGUUAAGUUUGUAUCGUGUGAAGCCUGACUAUUUUCCUGUAAAGUUAAUGAGAAGUAGGAUUUUAACUGGAGUAGAUUCAGUUAAACUAAGAAACCAAAGUUGUUAAUUUAAAUGACAUCUAUUUACAUCUGUUUCUUUUCGCUUCUGAGUUCCCAUGUAGCAGCUACUCUGUGGGAGGGGAGUGAUGUGUAAUAUGCUCUGUGCUUUUCUAGAAUAGCCCAUUUUAUAGACUGAUAUCACUGUGCCCAUAGUUAACCCCCACCUUAAACAUUAGACAAAUUUUGAAAAUAAAACAUUUUUCCAAACACUGGAAGAGUAUUUGUUAAUAUUACACAAGUUGGUUGGACUUUGCUGUCUUAAAAGAGGACCCUGAGGAAAACAGAUACAUGCAACCCAUUGUUCACAGCCACACGGUUUACAGUAGCCAAGACAAAGAGGCAACCCAAGUGUCCAUCAACAGAUGACUUGUUUCACAAAUCAUGCCCCAUAUUCCUUUUUUGGAACAUUUAAUCAGGUCAUGUACAUACCUUACAUGGAGAUAAAAGGUACACAAAUAUAAUAAAUCAAUUUAAAGAAAACUGAGAACUAGCGAUGCUUCAGAUUAUUUAUUACUGAAUUAUUAUUGCUAAUUACUAUAAGCCGUAUAUGUCAUCACUUACAGGUUUUAAAAAUGUUCCUUUCUUUGAAGAUCUAAAAUCUAUAUGAAUAAUUUACUAAUAGAAUUUUUGUACCUUCAGUAUAUCAUUCAUUUUUCUUGAGAGAAUUAUAAAAUCUUGUUAUCCAAUAACUAUGUAAAAAUAGUACUAAAUAUUGUGUUAACAAUAAGAACCAAGUAAUGGGAAUGUCAUUAUAAUAAUGGGUAAACUUAUUUCCACUAAAUAAAAUAUUUAAAAAGAAACAAUUGAGUACUACUAAAGAUA